AUAGCCUCUUGUUUCUGUUUUGCUCAGGUUGCAGAGAGCCCGCUCUCUCUCUCUCUCUCUCUAUCAUGCAGCACUCAGGAAUGGAGUUGUUGCUCCCGGCGGAUGAGGCACUCAUUAACGGGGACUCCUCAGAGCCCGAGCCUGCGAAGAAGAAGAAGAGAAAGAAGAGAAAGAAGAGCAGAGCCAUGGUUUGGGCAGGACAAGCUGAACUGGGGGAGGAUGGAGUUGUUGAGGACACGAGGAAGUCACUGGAGCGGCAGAGCUUGGAGGAAAGGGAGCGAGACGAGGACGGAGAAGAUGGAGAAGAUGGAGACGGUUCCGCUGGGAAGAAAAAGAAGAAGAAGCCAAAGAAAAAGAGUGGCCGUGAGUUAGGUGACUCUCUUUCUACAGCCAAAACACAGACUGAUCCUCCUUCUGUGCCGAUAUGUGAGCUUUAUCCAAACGGGGUGUUUCCUGUUGGAGAGGAGUGUGAAUAUCCUUCCUCACAGGAUGGGCAGAGUGCUGCAUGGCGGAUGAGCAGUGAGGAGAAGCGCGUUCUGGACGAAGCCGGGGAGGACAUGUGGAAUGAUUUUCGGCAGGCCGCCGAAGCUCAUCGGCAGGUACGACGGUACGUGAAGAGCUGGAUCAAACCAGGCCUGACCAUGAUCGACAUCUGUGAGCGGCUGGAGGAGUGCAGCAGGAGGCUGAUUAAGGAGAAUGGACUGAAAGCAGGUUUGGCUUUUCCCACCGGCUGCUCUCUCAAUAACUGCGCUGCUCAUUACACACCCAACACUGGAGACCCCACCGUGCUGAAGUAUGACGACGUGUGCAAGAUCGACUUUGGCACACACGUCAACGGGAGGAUUAUUGACUGUGCCUUUACUGUCACUUUUAAUCCAAAGUAUGACCGCCUACUCGAGGCUGUAAAAGACGCCACUGACACUGGAAUCAAGUGUGCAGGCAUUGACGUGCGUCUCUGUGAUGUUGGAGAGUCCAUACAAGAAGUGAUGGAGUCAUAUGAGGUGGAGUUGGAUGGUAAAACCUACCAAGUUAAGCCAGUCCGCAAUUUGAAUGGUCACUCCAUCGGUCCAUACCGGAUUCACGCUGGCAAAACAGUUCCUAUUGUAAAGGGUGGUGAAGCCACCAGAAUGGAGGAAGGUGAGGUGUAUGCUAUCGAGACGUUUGGAAGUACAGGGAAGGGAGUUGUGCACGAUGAUAUGGACUGUUCACACUACAUGAAGAACUUUGACGUAGGACACGUACCAAUCAGACUACCAAGAGCCAAACACUUGCUGAACGUAGUGAACGAGAACUUCGGGACACUGGCGUUCUGUCGCCGCUGGCUGGACCGGCUCGGUGAGAGCAAGUACCUGAUGGCGCUGAAAAACCUAUGUGACCUGGGCAUCAUCGACCCCUACCCACCACUCUGUGAUGCCAAGGGCUCUUACACAGCUCAAUACGAACACACCAUUCUGCUCAGGCCCACGUGCAAGGAGGUGGUGAGUCGAGGAGACGACUAUUGACCCGCACCCAUGCGUCGAUUGUUCUAUACAAAAGAAACUACACGAUCCACAUGGGACACGCACUAAUACGCACAUUUAAUAAUAAAGUAUUAACUAACUGGCUGGAGCAGUGGAUGCUGCAACCUUUUGCAUGAAAAGCUACAUGAAUUAUUCAUUCUAAACUAUGCAGGAGGACACACGGACUUCUGUAGCUGCUGUCCUGGGCCUUGUUUCGCCAAAUGCUCCGAGAUCUUCUUUAAGACAGUGGUGCCUGUGCGUAUCAGGAAAAGCUGAAUGGGUUCAGGGAUCUCUGUAUCGGUACAAUCUUAUCUUGCACACUGAGCUCUUAUUAUUGAGAGAAAAAUAAGUUUCCUUUUGCGCAAUUCCCGUCUCUCUCUAUCUUUCCAUUCUACCAGGAUAACACCUGUGUCUGACUUGUAUGACGAGUAUAAGAGAACAGUAGGACACUCUGUGGUCUGCAAACCGCCAUUUCCAUCUACGGUCAGGUCCGUAAGUACUUGGACACCGACACGAUUUUCGUAAUUUUGCCUCUGUACACCAACACAAUGGGUUUGAUUUGAAAUGGAGUCAUCAAGAUGCAAUUUGAAGUGCAGACUUUCAGAUAUAAUUCGAAGGAUCGAACACACGCACCCCAUUAAACAUUUAGGAAUUACAGCCAUUUAUUAACUAGUCCCUCCAUUUUCAGUCUCAAAAGUCAUCGGACAAACUAACACUAAUAAAUCGAAGGAUUAUUUUUAAUACUUGGAUGCAGUCAGUGACCGUGUGAAGUCUGGAACCCAUGGACAUUACCAAAUGCUGAUAUUCCUCCCUUUAGAUGUUUUGCCAGGCUUUUACUAUAGCCGUCUUCAGUCAGAUGACUGAUGCAGCCGUUUAAGAGCGUUAAGUUUCUUUGCCGUAGAAGUUCUUGGAUUCCUUCACGACAUGUUUUGGGUCAUUAUCAUCCGUCUGUUCUGUGAAGUGUCGUCCUAUCAGUUUUGCAGCAUUUGACUGAAUCUGAGCAGAAAGUAUCUCUCUAUCCACGGCUUUCCUGUGAGACACAGUGGGGGUCGCCAUGCAUCCGCGAGAGGCGGGUGUCCAGUUUUUGACUUCCGGUUUAUCCAAGCGGCUGAGGGAGCCGAACGUAGCCGAGUGGAGCUAGCUACGACGACCAUGUUUUAAUCCGAGGAUAACGGCUUUUUAAAUUACGUCUUUUUCUGGUUCGUCGUGGAGUGCACAAAAGCUUAAAGAUUUUACGAACGGAAUCUGUUUUGAGUGCAAACGGACUCGCAAGACGUGUUUUCCAGCACCAUACGCUGCUCAUCUGUACAUACGAUUCCUGUCUUUCCACUAAUCACUGCAUUUUGGACCUGAAUCAACAACUUUAAUUCGGUCAUUGCUAUUUAGAUAUUAUACAUUAUUCGACACUACAGUCAUUUAGCUGACAUUUUUUAUUAAAAGUGACUAACAAUAAGUGCAUGUGGCCUCGGUAGCCAAGAGCGACCCGUGCUGAAGUACAGUGUAAACAAACCGCCUACAAGUACCAUCCAAUAUCUGGACUGAUCAGGACAGGUAAGAAGUUGAAGAAGCUUGGACAAAUACAUCGACAAGGAAUUAUUUAAGUAUGGGACGUUUGUUUCCAAAGUUUGACCGCAUUUGCAUCUGCGUUAAAAUGGUUAGCCUAUGCUUCUCUGACCUUGCUUUUGCUUCUUGAACCUAUACAAGAGACAUUACGGUACAGUCGGCUAGAGUUCGAUUAGACUAGAGCUCGGUGCUUAUAGUUAAUAAGUAAGUAAAUUGUCCAAAGCGACUUACAAUAUAUAAACACUACAUUAUUAGGAAACCAAUACAAUAAACCGAUCGCUCUACUCUGACACGGCCUACCUUCCAGAUGAUAGCUGCUCCAUGACUGCAGGAUUCAUCUCGUCUCAUCU